AUGGAAGUUGUGAUGAGCGUGCUGAUGGGCGCUGAUCUCCGCCGUUUUCCGGGCGUGGGGACGCGAACGGAAGAGCCCUGGGCUCGGCCGCCCUGGCCCUGUGUGUGUCCACGUGCCCCGCGGGAUGCUGAGCCCCGGCCGGGGAGCACCUCAUUCCACCUGGGCCGUGACACCGUGGGCACGAAAACCAUCGUCCUCCCGGCACAGACGGGGAAACUGAGGCCUCACGCGACUCAGUCACUUGACCUGAGUUACCGGAGGCCGCGGAGUGGGAAAGGGGCUGCCCCCGUUUUCCACUCCAGCCCUGAACAAACGAGCGGCGUGGUCACUGGGGACCGCAGCCCCUGGAGCCCAGCAAGGCGGCUCCAGCUCCUCCGCGUCCCAGCGAGCGAGGCCACCGGCACGCCGCGGCGGAAUGGCACGCACCGCCAGCCGGCCGCGGCUCCCGGAAUGGCACGCACCGCCAGCCAGCCGCGGCUCCCGACGCCUGUCACUCGCUCCCUGCGGCCCAGCGGGGCACUGGCGAGAGAGUCCCUGACUUACAACGCUCCCCUCGAGGAGAAGGCGGACGACAGCCAAGGUGACAACACGCGCUGUGAGGAGAACAAGCAGUGCUCCGAGCUGGGGCGGGGCGGCAGCGGGGGUCAGGGGCCUGGGGAGUCGGAGGGCAUCGCUAACGGGGACGGACGGCCUUCCUGGGGAUCCGGGACGGAGGAUGGCGCGGGGACGUCCAGGCAGGACGAGGAAGCAGGACAGCCACACGCGGUCCUCGAGGUGGGACAGCGUGGCACACUUGAGGAACGCGGGGGCGACGGGAAGCAAGCGGCCAGGAGAGGCGGACGCGCCGAGCAGGCCACGCGGCGCGGCCCUCGCGGCCUCCCCGCCCGCCGCGCCGCCGAGCCGGGCGCCGCGCAGCCCUCGGGCGGGGAAGGGUGGGCCCGGAACCCGCUCGGCCGGCCCGACCGCCCCGGCGGGGCCGCGCCAGCCCUCGGGGCGGCCCGGGGAGGCGUCGAGGGCCGGGUCCUCGCCAGCCUGGGCGGCCCCGGGCAGCCGCUCGCGGGGCCCCGGCCGCUCGCAGGCCCCCGGGAGGCCGCGCGCCCCUUGGAUGCGGGCCCGCGGACGCCCCGGCCCGCCCCGCUCCCCGCCCCGCCGGGCCCGGCGGCCUCCCCUCCCGGAGGGCUCGUGGGCGUCUUCCUCCUCCCGCCACCGCGGCGGAGGCCCCGGCUGCCCGCGCCGCCUCCCCCCGGGCGGCCUCCGCGCGUCGAGGCCGCGCGCCAUGGUGCGGAGCCGCCGCCGCUGAAGCCAGCGAGGCCCGGCCGGGCCCGGAGCAGGCGGCCCCGGAGGCCGCGGCCAUGGCCAUUGCCACGUCGGCCCAGCUCGCGCGCAGCGCUCUACGACAACACGGCCGAGUCCCCGCAGGAGCUGUCCUUCCGCCGCGGGGACGUGCUCCGCGUGCUGCGGGGGGAGGGCGCGGCCGGGCUGCGCGGCUGGUGCCUCUGCUCCCUGCACGGCCGGCGGGGCAUCGUGCCCGCCAACCGGGUGGAGCUCCUGCCCGCGGGCCCCGCGCCCCCCGCCCGGCCCGGCUCUCCGCGCCCGGCCCCGCAGCGCCAGGAGGAGGAGCGCGAGGUGUAUGUGGUGCCGCCGCCCGCGCGGCCCUGCCCACCCUCCCCGGACCCCAUCUACAAGGUCCCCCGAGGCCACGGGACCCAGCCGGCUGCCCCUGGAGAAGGCUUAGAGGUCUAUGACGUGCCCUCCGCUGCGCCCCGGCCUCGCCCCAGCAGCCCCUACGACUCCCCGGCCUCCUUCGCCCGCCCUGCGCCCGCGGGAGAGGACGAGGCUCCCUACGACGUGCCCCUGGCCCCGAAGCCGCCCCCGGAGCUGGAGGAGGGCCGGGAGCCGGGGCCCCCCUUCCACGCCGCCCCUUCCAACCUGAGACGCGCCUCGGCCCUCCUGAACCUCUACGAGGCCCCCGAGGAGCUGCUGGCCAGCGGGGACGCCGACGAGGGCAUCUACGAGGUGCCCCUGCUGGGCCCGGACGCCCCUUCCCCGGAGCCCCCCGCCGCCGCGGCCCCGCUGCUGGCCAGGAGCCCCCCGCCCGCCCGCCGGCCGCGGCUGCCCUCCGCGGAGAGCCUGUCCCGGCGCCCGCUGCCCGCCCUGCCCGUCCCCGAGCCGCCCUCCCCCGCCCCGGCCCGCAAGGGCAGCAUCCAGGACCGGCCGCUGCCCCCGCCCCCGCCCCGCCUGCCCGUCUACGGGGCCCCCGAGGCCGACGGGGAGCCCGCGGGCCCGGAGGCGGAGGCUGGCCCCGUGGCGCCUCACAAUGAGUACGAAGGCAUCCCCACGGCCGAGGAGUACGACUACGUCCACCUGAAGGGCGUGGAUAAAACUCCAGGCCCCAGGCCUCCGGAUAAAGCCUCACCCGGAGACUCUGAACUUCCAGACAAAGGGCGGCCAGAGAAGCAGGAGACGGCGCCCCCGAGGGAGCCGCCGGCGGCGGGCGACCUGCAGCUGCUGCGAUUCUACGCCGGGCAGUGCCGGGGCCACCACUCGGCGCUGCAGGGGGCCGUGGCGGCGCUGCUGGCCAGCACCCGGGCCGGCCAGCCCCCGGGGCUCUUCGUGCCGCUCGGCAAGCAGGUGGCGGUGGCCGCUCACCGCCUGGUGUUCGUCGGGGACGCCCUGGGCCGGCUGGCGGCGGCGGCCCGCGUGCGGGCCCAGGUCGGGGCGGCCGGGGCGGCGCUGGGCCGGGCGCUGCGGGGCGCCGUGCUGGCCGUCAAGGGGGCCGCGCUGGGCUACCCGUCCAGCGCCGCGGCGCAGGAGCUGGCGCGCUGCGUGGCGGACCUGGCGGGCGAGGCGCAGCGGUUCACCACCCUGCUGGCCCGCCUGGCCUCCUGACCGCGCCCGCCCGCCGGAGCCCC